AUGUCAGCAUCCUCAUUUGCCCAGUUAUGUCGUAUCACUCGUCCGCGGAUCUCCAUCUCCCCUAUUGCAUCUCGAAGAUCCAUCGGGUCCGUCAGUGCAAUUGACUCGGGAAUCUUCCGGACAUUAUUCGGAACUGAAGAAAUACGCAAAGUAUUUGAUGAUGAAGCGUACAUCAAGCGGUGUGUGGAUGCCGAAGCCGCCCUCGCAAGAGCGCAAUCACGUUGCGAUGUGAUCCCAUCACAGAUCGGCGAGAUGGUAACCCAGAAACUUCGCGAGUCGAAGCUGGACAUGGAACGGCUCCGACAUGAGACAGAAAUUGUCGGUUACCCUAUUCUUCCUUUGGUUCGUCAGCUAUCUGCGAUGUGCGGCGACGAGGCUGGGAAGUACGUGCAUUGGGGCGCAACAACUCAAGAUAUCAUGGACCUAGCCAGUGUGUUGCAGAUCAAAGAAGGAUUAAAUAUUGUCGAGCGCCAACUCAAAGAAAUUAUCAGUACCCUACGUGGACUAUCUGUCAAGUACAAGGACACACCAAUGGCCGGCCGUACGCACCUUCAACAUGCCCUUCCUGUUACCUUUGGGUACAAGUGCGCGGUAUGGCUAUCAGGCUUUCAGCGUCAUCUGGAGCGCCUAGAGCAGCUGAAAGACCGCUGCUUGUUGGCUCAGUUUGGUGGAGCAGCUGGAUCAUUGGCAUCCCUGGGGACCGGGGAUGCUGGACUACGAGUGCGCAAAGCUUUGGCAGAGGAGUUGGGUCUUGUGGAUCCUCCCAUCACCUGGCAUGUUGCUCGGGACGGCGUAGCGGAGAUAACUAGUUUUCUGGCGCUGAUGGGUGGAUCAAUGGGCAAAAUAGCCCUAGACAUCAUCAUCAUGUCCUCCAACGAGCUGGGCGAGGUAUCCGAGCCGUUUGUGCCACACCGUGGUGCUUCCUCUACAAUGCCCCAGAAGCGCAAUCCCAUAUCAAGCGAAGUUAUUCUGGCAGCGUCAAAGAUCCUUCGAUCAAACGCUGGGCUGGUCCUUGACGGCAUGGUCGCUGACUUUGAGCGUGCCUCGGGUCCUUGGCACCUAGAGUGGGUAGCUAUCCCGGAAAGCUUUGUCAUUGCGGUCGGAGCGCUAUCCCAGACACAGUUUGCUCUAUCUGGCUUAUGUGUCCACGGCCAGAAGAUGCUAGAGAACCUUCACUCCACUAAGGGAUUGAUUGUGGCAGAGGCAGUGAUGAUGGGGCUGGCACCACAUGUGGGACGGCAACAGGCGCAUGACAUCGUCUACGAGGCUUGCCGGGAGAGCAUCGAGGCGAACCAGUCACUGCUUGAGUGCUUGAUGAAAAAGACUGAAGUGACCUCAAAAAUGAGCGAAGAGCGUCUGAGCCAGCUAUGUGACCCUGUCAAUUACUUGGGUGCGUCGACGAGAAUGGUGGAAGAUGUUCUUGCUGUCGAUUAG